GUCGCCAAUACACGCGCAUCCUCCCCAACAGACCCAAGAAGCUUAAACAGAGUUAAGAUGGCGGCAUGUGGAUGAGGAGGUUGUAUAUUUCUGCUCUUCGGUUGCCUUCGGCGAAGAAAACACACAUUCUCAAAACUAACCCCUAAAGAAAAGAGAAAAGCCCCCCACAAAAUCAUUUCCCCGGGACCGAGCCCAUGACGUCCAUUCACUUCGUGGUUCACCCGUUACCCGGGACCGAAGACCAGCUAAAUGACAGUCACUUUAUGCAUCAAAAGGAUGGACGUAUCUGCAGGAUAAACUUUGCAGUCCAGCCCGACCGACUGGAGCUCGGCAAGCCCGAUGGCAAUGAUGGUUCAAAGUUGAGCAGUGUCUCAGGGGCAGGAAGGAGCUCCAGGCCAGGCAGGACUAGUGAUCCGCCCUGGUUCCUGUCUGGUUCUGAUACACUGGGCAGACUGGCAGGCAACACCCUUGGGAGCCGCUGGAGUUCAGGAGUAAAUGGUGGCAGCAGUGGAGGUGGAGCCAGCAGUGGUGGAGGCGCAGGAGGAGGCAGCGGGAGUGGAGGGGGUGCUGGAGGAGGCGCUGGAGGAGGAGGAUCUUCAGGCCGGUCCUCCACAGCAGCCCGUGAUUCACGCAGACAGACCCGCGUGAUCCGCACUGGCAGAGAUCGAGGCUCCGGCCUGCUGGGCAGUCAGCCACAGCCCGUAAUUCCAGCCUCUGUCAUCCCAGAGGAGCUCAUCUCUCAGGCCCAGGUGGUUCUUCAGGGAAAGUCCAGGAGUGUCAUCAUUCGAGAGCUGCAGCGCACAAACCUUGACGUGAACUUGGCUGUAAACAACCUGCUGAGCAGAGACGACGAGGACGGAGAUGAUGGAGACGACACGGCCAGCGAGUCCUACUUACCUGGAGAAGACUUGAUGUCACUGCUAGAUGCGGACAUUCACUCUGCGCACCCCAGCGUGAUCAUUGACGCGGACGCCAUGUUCUCUGAGGACAUCAGCUACUUCGGCUACCCCUCUUUCCGACGCUCUUCCUUGUCUCGUCUCGGCUCUUCACGAGUUCUCCUUCUCCCCCUAGAGCGAGACUCUGAAUUGCUCCGUGAGCGGGAGUCGGUCCUGAGGCUGCGCGAGAGGAGGUGGCUGGAUGGAGCCUCCUUCGAUGCGGAGCGUGGCUCCACCAGCCGUGAGGGAGAGCCCAGCCUUGACAAGAAGAGCGUGCCGCUGCAGAGCCCUGUCACUCUGGGCGAAGAGCUCCAGUGGUGGCCUGAUAAGGACUACGUAACAAAGUUUGUCAGCAUUGGGGCUUUGUACUCUGAGAUGGUUGCCGUCAGUACCAAAGGUGAACUGUACCAGUGGAAGUGGAAUGAGCCUGAACCUUACAGAAACGCACAAAAUCCUUCUAUACAUCACCCUCGUGUCCCUUUCCUGGGCUUGACCAAUGAAAAGAUCACCCACCUGUCUGCCAACAGUAUCCGAGCCACUGUGGCCACCGAAAGUAACAAGGUGGCGACAUGGGUGGAUGAAACUCUGAGCACUGUUGCUGCUAAACUAGAACAUGGUGCACAAAUGUUCCCGGAGCUGCAGGGAGAGCGUAUCAUCUCUCUGCACUGCUGUGCCCUGUACACCUGCGCCCAGCUGGAGAGCAGCCUUUACUGGUGGGGUGUUGUGCCUUUUAGUCAGCGGAAAAAGAUGCUUGAAAAGGCCAGAGCCAAGAACAAGAAGCCAAAGUCCAGUGCAGGCAUCUCUUCUAUACCCAACAUCACAGUAGGAACUCAGGUGUGCCUGAGGAAUAACCCUCUAUAUCACGCUGGUGCCGUGGCCUUCUCCGUAAACGCCGGGAUCCCUAAAGUGGGCGUUCUGCUGGAGUCUGUGUGGAACAUGAACGACAGCUGCCGCUUCCAGCUCCGCUCGCCCGAGAGCCUGAAGAACAUGGAGAAGAACACCAAGACACAGGAGAUCAAAACGGAGAGCAAGCCAGAGCUGGUGAAGACUGAAAUGGGCCCUCCGCCCUCACCAGCGUCCACAUGCAGUGACACUUCCUCCAUCGCCAGCAGUGCUUCUCUGCCCUACAAGCGAAGGCGCUCAACGCCGGCUCCAAAGGAGGAGGAGAAAGUCAAUGAGGAGCAGUGGCCUCUACGAGAGGUCGUUUUCGUGGAGGACGUUAAAAACGUCCCCGUGGGAAAGGUGCUAAAAGUCGAUGGUGCAUAUGUUGCUGUGAAAUUUCCAGGGACGUCGAGCAGCCAGAGCGCAGCUCCCACUGACUCUGACCCCUCCUCACUGCUGCAAGACUGUCGACUUCUCAGAAUAGAUGAGCUACAGGUUGUUAAAACUGGUGGAACGCCAAAAGUUCCAGACUGUUUUCAGCGCACUCCUAAAAAACUUUGUAUCCCAGAAAAAGCUGAAAUUUUAGCUGUGAAUGUUGACUCCAAAGGAGUUCAUGCUGUGUUGAAAACAGGCAGCUGGGUACGGUACUGUGUCUUUGACUUGGCCACCGGCAAAGCCGAGCAGGAGAAUCACUUCCCCACUAGUAAUCUGGCCUUUCUGGGCCAGAAUGAGCGUAACGUGGCCAUCUUUACUGCUGGCCAGGAGAGCCCCAUCAUUUUGAGGGAUGGUAACGGCACCAUUUAUCCCAUGGCUAAAGACUGUAUGGGUGGAAUACGCGACCCUGAUUGGCUAGACCUCCCGCCAAUUGCCAGCCUAGGCAUGGGAGUUCAUUCACUUGUCAACCUUCCCAGUAACACCACAAUCAAAAAGAAAGCAGCCAUCAUCAUCAUGGCUGUAGAGAAGCAGACGCUGAUGCAGCACGUGCUGCGUUGUGAUUACGAGGCGUGCAGGCAGUACCUGAUCAGUCUGGAGCAGGCCAUGCUGCUGGAGCAAAACCCUCACGCUCUGGACACUCUGCUGGGUCACCGCUGUGACGGCAACCGCAACGUCCUCCACGCCUGUGUCUCCGUCUGCUUCCCCGUCAGCAACAAGGAAACCAAGGAGGAGGAAGAAGCAGAGCGGUCUGAAAGGAACACGUUCGCUGAGAGGCUGUCCGCUGUCGAGGCCAUCGCCAAUGCUAUUUCAGUGGUGUCCAGCAACAGCUCCGGGAACCGCACGGGAUCGUCCAGCAGCCGGGGCUUGCGGUUGAGGGAGAUGAUGAGACGCUCCCUCCGCGCUGCAGGUUUGGGCCGCCACGAAUCUGGCCCUUCCUCCAGCGACCACCAAGACCCUGUUUCACCCCCUAUUGCACCUCCCAGCUGGGUACCAGACCCUCCACCAAUGGAUCCUGACGGUGACAUUGAUUUCAUCCUGGCCCCUGCAGUGGGCUCCCUUACCACGGCUUCCACAGGCACUAACCAGGGACCCAGCACUUCCACCAUCCCAGGACCUUCUUCUGAACCAUCAGUAGUGGAAUCUAAAGACCGGAAGGCCAACGCACACCUGAUUCUGAAGCUAAUGUGUGACAGCGUCGUCCUGCGACCUCACUUAAGAGAGCUGCUCUCUGCCAAGGAUGCUCGUGGGAUGACUCCAUUCAUGUUGGCGGUGAGCGGGAGAGCUUACCCAGCAGCCAUUACUGUUUUAGAAGCAGCACAGAAAAUAGCCAAAGGUGAACUGGGUCUUGGAGAGAAAGAGGAUGCAGCAUCUGUGUUCAUGGAGAUGAUCUGUCCUUCAGGCACAAACCCAGAUGACUCUCCCCUCUACGUCCUGUGCUGUAACGAUACCUGCAGCUUCACCUGGACCGGAGCUGAACACAUCAACCAGACAUCACAGCAGUUGGUCAUUAGACUGAAGCGAACGUCUCCCACUGCAUACUGUGACUGCUGGGAGAAGUGUAAAUGCAAGACCCUCAUCGCGGGCCAGAAAGCAGCUCGUUUAGAUCUGCUCUACAGGCUGCUGACCACCACUAAUCUAGUUACCACUCCUAACAGCAGGGGAGAGCACAUCUUACUAUUCCUGGUGCAGACUGUUGCAAGGCAGAGCGUGGAGCAUUGCCAGUAUCGACCACCUCGCAUUAUGAAUAAUCAUUGUUUACAUUAUCAAUCAUUGGUCUCACUUCAGAACUCAGAUAUGCCGGAUCAUGACCUGGAGCCUCCACGCUUCGCCCAGCUGGCUCUAGAGCGUGUGUUGCAGGACUGGAACGCACUGAAAUCCAUGAUAAUGUUCGGCUCUCAGGAAAACAAAGACCCACUAAGUGCCAGCAGCAGAAUCGCUCACCUUUUGCCAGAAGAGCAGAUGUACCUGAACCAGCAGAGCGGCACCAUCAGGCUGGACUGUUUCACACAUGGCCUUAUCGUCAAGUGUGCACCAGACAUCACUUUUAUUGACACGCUGUUGGGGACCCUGGUGAAGGAGCUGCAGAAUAAAUACACUCCCGGUCGCAGGGAGGAGGCCGUCAUCGUCACACGCAGGUUCCUGCGCUCUGUGGCCCGAGUAUUUGUCAUCCUCAGUGUGGAGAUGGCGUCUUCCAAGAAGAAAAAUAACUUCAUCCCGCAGCCCAUCGGGAAGUGCAGGCGUGUUUUCCAGGCUCUGUUGCCGUACGCGGUGGAAGAGCUCUGCAAUGUGGCCGAGUCCCUGAUCGUGCCGGUGCGGAUCGGCAUCGCUCGCCCUACAGCGCCCUUCACUCUGGCCAGUACCAGCAUCGAUGCUGUACAGGGCAGCGAGGAGCUCUUCUCUGUGGAGCCCCUGCCGCCACGACCCUCCCCGGAUCAGUCCAGCAGCUCCAGUCAGUCAGCCUCUUCUUACAUCAUCAGGAACCCUCAGCCCCGCCGCAGCAGCCAGUCCCAAACGGCCCGUGGCCACGACGAGGAGCAGGAUGAUAUUGUUUCUGCUGACGUAGAAGAGGUAGAGGUUGUGGAGGGCGUUGCAGGUGAGGAGGAUCACCAUGAUGACCAGGAGGAGCAGGGCGAGGAGAACGCAGAGGCCGAAGGGCAGCAUGAUGAGCACGAUGAAGAUGGGAGCGACAUGGAGCUGGAUUUAUUGGCUGCUGCUGAGACCGAGAGUGACAGUGAGAGUAACCAUAGCAACCAAGAUAACGCCAGUGGCCGCAGGAGCGUUGUGACCGCCGCCACCGCUGGAUCUGAAGCAGGUGCCAGCAGCGUUCCUGCUUUCUUCUCCGAGGACGACUCCCAGUCGAAUGACUCCAGUGACUCGGACAGCAGCAGCAGUCAGAGUGAUGAUGUGGAUCAGGAGACUUUCCUGUUGGACGAGCCUCUAGAGAGAACCACGGGCUCAGCGCAUGCUAACAGUGCGGCCCAGGCGCCGCGGUCCAUGCAGUGGGCUGUUCGCACGACACCCAGCCAGCGCUCCGCCGGCGGCGCCCCGUCCAGCUCAUCCACACCUGCUGCGAGCUCCACGGGCCUCAUCUACAUCGAUCCUUCAAACCUGCGACGGAGCAGCGCCAUCAGCACGAGUGCAGCCGCUGCCGCCGCAGCCCUGGAGGCCAGUAACUCCAGCAGCUACCUGACAUCCGCCAGCAGCCUGGCUCGAGCCUACAGCAUCGUCAUCCGGCAGAUCUCCGACCUCAUGAGCCUCAUACCCAAAUACAACCACCUGGUCUACUCGCAGUACCCCGCUGCCGUCAAACUCACCUAUCAGGACGCCGUCAAUCUGCAGAACUUUGUGGAGGAUAAGUUAAUCCCCACCUGGAACUGGAUGGUGUCCAUCAUGGAUUCCACUGAAGCGCAGCUGCGUUACGGCUCCGCUCUGUCAUCAGCCGGGGAUCCUGGUCACCCGAGCCACCCACUGCACGCUUCACAGCACACAGGCCGCAGGGAGCGCAUGACCGCGCGAGAGGAGGCCAGUCUCCGCACCCUUGAAGGUCGAAGACGCGCUGCAACACUUUUGACGGCUCGUCAGGGGAUGAUGUCGGCUCGAGGAGACUUCCUGAACUACGCUCUGUCUCUGAUGCGUUCCCAUAAUGAUGAGCAUUCGGACGUUCUGCCUGUGCUGGAUGUGUGUUCGCUCAAACACGUGGCGUACGUCUUCCAGGCCCUCAUCUACUGGAUUAAAGCCAUGAAUCUGCAGACAACACUCGACACCACUCAGAUUGACAGGAAGAGGAAUCGUGAGCUGCUGGAGCUCGGCCUGGACAAUGAGGACUCUGAGCACGAGAACGAUGAGGACACCAAUCAGAGCUCCACCCUGCAGGACAAGGACGAAGAGUCGGUCCCUGCUGAGACUGGACAACACCAUCCGUUUUUCCGCCGCUCUGACUCCAUGACUUUCCUGGGAUGCAUCCCUCCCAACCCUUUCGAUGUGCCCCUCGCUGAGGCCAUUCCUCUGGCUGACCAGCCGCAUCUCCUGCAGCCCAAUGCCAGAAAAGAGGACUUGUUUGGACGACCAAGUCAGGGUCUGUAUUCGUCUUCGUACAUGGCCAGUAAAGGCCUGACGGAUCUGACUGUGGACAUGAAUUGCUUGCAGAUUCUGCCCACAAAGAUGUCGUAUUCGGCGAACAUGAAGAACGUGAUGAGUAUGGAGUCUCGGCAGAGGGGUGGCGAGGGGCAGCCGGCUGCGCAGCAGGAUAUGGAUGCAUCCAAACCAGGCCCUUCGCCUCACGAUCUGGCGGCCCAGUUAAAGAGCAGCCUUCUCGCAGAGAUUGGUUUGACAGAGAGCGACGGCCCGCCGCUUCCCACAUUUAUUCCACACUGUAGCUUUAUGGGGAUGGUGAUCUCUCACGACAUGCUGCUGGGCCGCUGGCGGCUUUCUCUGGAGCUGUUCGGCCGUGUCUUCAUGGAGGACGUGGGAGCAGAACCGGGAUCUAUCCUGACUGAACUGGGUGGUUUCGAGGUGAAGGAGUCCAAGUUCCGGCGUGAGAUGGAGAAGCUGAGGAACCUGCAGUCACGUGAUCUGGCCCUGGAGGUGGACCGUGAUCGAGAGCAGCUCAUCCAGCAGACAAUGCGCCAGAUCAACGCUCACUUCGGCCGCCGCUGCACCACUACACCUAUGGCGGUGCACCGCGUGAAAGUGACUUUCAAGGAUGAACCUGGAGAGGGCAGCGGAGUGGCGCGGAGCUUUUACACGGCUAUCGCACAGGCCUUCCUCUCCAACGACAAGCUGCCCAAUCUGGACUGCGUACAGAGUGUUAGCAAGGGAAUGCAGGCUAGCAAUCUUAUGCAGCGGCUGAGGAACCGAGACCGUGAGCGUGAGAGGAGGAGCGGAGGACUGAGAGCUGCAUCCAGACGAGACCGUGACAGGGAUUCGAGGAGACAGCUGUCGAUCGACACACGGCCGUUCAGACCUGCAUCAGAAGGGAACCCGAGUGAUGAACCGGAGCCGCUGCCGGCUCACAGACAAGCUCUAGGAGAGAGACUUUACCCGCGAGUGCACGCCAUGCAGCCGGCAUUUGCCAGUAAAAUCACAGGCAUGCUGCUGGAGCUCUCUCCCGCUCAGCUGCUGCUGCUCCUGGCCAGUGAGGACUCGCUCAGAGCCCGUGUGGAAGAGGCCAUGGAGCUCCUCAUAACUCACGGAAGGGAAAAUGGCGCUGACAGUAUACUGGACCUUGGCCUCCUCGACACUCCUGAGAAAGCACAGCAGGAGAACCGAAAGAGGCACGGUUCGACCCGCAGUGUGGUUGACAUGGAGCUGGACGACCCAGAGGAUGGAGACGAUAACGCUCCUCUGUUCUACCAACCCGGCAAGAGGGGUUUUUACUCGCCCCGUCCAGGCAAGAACACAGAGGCCAGGCUCAACUGCUUCCGUAACAUCGGCAGGAUACUUGGCUUAUGUCUGUUGCAGAAUGAACUUUGCCCCAUCACACUCAACAGACACGUCAUCAAGGUGUUGCUCGGCAGGAAGGUGAACUGGCACGACUUUGCGUUCUUCGACCCGGUGAUGUACGAGAGUUUGCGGCAGCUGAUUCGUCACUCUCAAACCGAGGAGGCGGAGGCCGUGUUUGCAGCGAUGGACCUUGCCUUCGCUAUCGACCUCUGCAAGGAGGAAGGAUCUGGACAGGUGGAGCUCCUGGUUGGCGGGGUCAACAUGCCUGUGACGCCUCUGAACGUGUACGAGUACGUGAGGAGAUACGCGGAGCACCGGAUGCUGGUGGUGGCAGAACAGCCUCUGCAUGCCAUGCGGAAGGGUCUUCUGGAUGUGCUUCCAAAGAACGCUCUGGAGGACCUGACGGCUGAGGACUUCAGACUGCUGGUCAACGGCUGUGGAGAAGUCAACGUCCAGAUGCUCAUUAGUUUCACCUCUUUCAAUGAUGAGUCAGGUGAGAAUGCAGAGAAGCUGCUGCAGUUCAAGCGCUGGUUCUGGUCCAUCGUUGAGAAGAUGAGCAUGACAGAGCGCCAGGACCUGGUAAAAACGUCUCCUUUUUCCUCUACUUAAUAUUAGGGCUGGGACAAUAAAUCGAUGCAUCGUGAAUCGAGCAAUUGUUCUGCAUCGAUUCUGAGAU